UAAAGACUAUAAUAAAAGGAUGAUGAUCUUAAGGAUCAUGAUCAUAGAGCCGUUGAAGAGGGUGUUCAAAAUCACAUACAUGGUAGAUCAAGGGUGGUGUCUAGGACACAUCGCCUUGUCAGCUUGAAUGAAAGGAGUACAGAAAUGUCGUCACCACCACUAGCACAAAAAUAGAGUAACAAGAUGCUCUUCUUCAAAGAGUACACGUACUAUCGUAGCAGGCCCACCUUCUGUGAUGCAUGUAUAGACAUGAUCAGUUGCCUGACCAUUUAUUAGUUCACUAACCUUUUGCAAACAAAGGCUCACCAAAGCAAUGUUAACAGAGAGAUGAGACAUCCCCAACAACAGCAAUAGUAAAGUUAUCAGGUAAUGGAUCCAGGCACGCACCCUUUAUCAAGCAUUCAAAAGAAUGCAUACAAGAGAAGGUUUACUGAUGAACAAAUCAAGUUCCUGGAAUUCAUGUUCGAGUCAGAAUCAAGACCGGAGUCUCGGGUUAAACAGCAGCUGGCUAGUGAGCUUGGGCUAGAGCCUCGACAGGUUGCUAUAUGGUUUCAGAACAGGAGAGCUAGACUGAAGACUAAACAGAUUGAGAAAGAGUACAGUAUACUGAAAGCAAGUUAUGAUGUUCUAGCCUCUAGCUUUGAGUCCUUGAAAAGAGAGAAGCAGUCAUUGAUAAUCCAGCUGCAUAAACUGAAAAACAGGCAUGUAAAGCAACAUGGGAGCAGAAAUUGUGGAAACCAACUCAGAAGCAGCCGUGAUGGCAGAUUUGAGAACAAGGAUACUGGCUCAGAAUCAAAAGAGAAACCCAGCUCUCCAUUGGACGGUAAUGAAAAUGAAGAAAACAGGCCUUCGAGUGAUAAUAACGGCAGAAAUACAGUGAACAUGAGGGAGGAAAUUGACAUUUUGAACCACACCGAACAAACAGACAACUCAUCACAGUGGUGGGAGUUCUGGUCAUGAUCACUAGAAGCACACUACCUCAAAUGAAUGAAGUAUGAAUAAGCACACGAGCAUGUUUAGCAUCUACAUCGCGUAGCAAAAGUCCACUCGUAUCCGAUACUACCAGUUGUCUCUUAAUCCAAUCUUGAUAAAUUUUGUAAUUCCAGGAGGAAGUUUGGUCAAGCGUCAAAUGUAUCCACUUUCUUAGUGUAAUCAAAUUGAGGACAUGUACUCUUCGUAGGUACUAAUGGGAAAAACAAAUGAAGAAAUACUUGAAGCAGAAUCAAGUGCUUGUUAAAAAGAAUUUAUGUUAUUACCUAGAGAUAAAUAAAUAUUUUUUUUAUCUUAA